AUGGAGGUGGUCAGAAUGAGGGGGCCCUCCCCGCUACGUCCACCAAGGAAUUCUUUGACACCAGCUGGAUAUUCUGACAUCAUCCACCCGGAGGCGUCUAGGUUGUUUUCGGAUGCUGCCUUUUGUCGGACAUUGGGGUUGUUUUCAGAUGCAUGCUUGCACGUAUUAGGUCUUGUGAGUUCAGCCUCAGUUCCUCAAAAGCUGAGGUGUGCUGAGCGUGCUGCCAGCCUGAGAGCAGAUGCUCAGUCGAUAUGCAUGUUUCAUAUUCUAGAUUUCGCCAGAAGUUUGGGUAUCACUACUCCUGAACAGAUGAUUGAAAAGGCCAAAGGGGAAACUGCCUAUUUGCCGUGCAAAUUUACCCUCGGUCCAGAAGACCAGGGACCUCUGGACAUCGAGUGGCUGCUAUCACCAGCUGAUAAUCAGAAGGUGGAUCAAGUGAUUAUUUUAUAUUCCGGAGACAAAAUUUAUGACGACUACUAUCAAGAUCUCAAGGGACGAGUACAUUUUACAAGUACUGAUCUCAAAUCUGGUGAUGCAUCAAUAAAUGUAACAAAUUUACAGUUGUCAGAUAUUGGCACAUACCAGUGCAAAGUGAAAAAAGCUCCCGGUGUUGGAAAUAAGAAGAUUCAGCUGACAGUUCUUGUUAAGCCUUCAGGUACAAGAUGUUACAUUGAUGGAUCAGAAGAAAUUGGAAGUGACUUUAAACUAAAAUGUGAACCAAAAGAAGGUUCACUCCCAUUACGAUAUGAAUGGCAAAAAUUGUCCAACUCACAGAAACUGCCCACCUCAUGGUUACCAGAAAUGACUUCACCUGUUAUAUCUGUAAAAAAUGCCACUACCGAAUACUCUGGGACAUACAGUUGUACAGUCAAAAACAGAGUGGGCUCUGAUCAAUGCCUGCUACGCCUGGAUGUUGUUCCUCCUUCAAAUAGAGCUGGGACAAUUGCAGGAGCUGUUAUAGGAAUUUUGCUUGCACUAGUGCUCAUUGGUCUUAUCGUCUUUUGCUGUCGUAAAAAGCGCAGAGAAGAAAAAUACGAAAAGGAAGUUCAUCAUGAUAUCAGGGAAGACGUGCCUCCUCCGAAGAGCCGUACGUCCACUGCCAGAAGCUACCUUGGCAGCAAUCACUCAUCCCUGGGAUCCAUGUCCCCUUCCAACAUGGAAGGGUAUUCUAAGACUCAGUAUAACCAAGUGCCAAGCGAAGACUUCGAGCGCGAUCCUCAGAGUGCAACACUCCCAACUGCUAAGGUAGCUGCCCCUAAUCUCAGUAGGAUGGGAGCAGUGCCCGUGAUGAUUCCAGCACAGAGCAAGGACGGGUCCAUAGUAUAG